CUAUAGCGCGCAAAGAGUAUAUUGAAAGAAAAAGAAAAAAUAAUAAUAACAAAACAAAAUGUCAGCGGCUAAUGAUAGUGAUCCUCUAUCUGAUUCUCUUAUUAAUAAUUUCUGUAUGGACAAUCAAGGAAAAGGCCAUGGAAAAUUGUGUAGCGACAAAAAUAAUUCAAGUUUUUUUGUUCCAGACUUACACACUCGUAGUUUUAAACAAUAUUUUGACAAAAAACUAGUUGAAUAUGAUGAGCAGCACCAAGGAUCUCAACGUAAACCGUGGACGCAAGAAAGAACCCGGGAGAUUAUAGAUGCAAUAAAAAAUGGUAGAGUAAUUAUGAAUUCUGGACAGAGAAGAACUGCUAUGGAGUAUUACUGGAUGUCCAAGUACGAUAUAAUACAGGCCGGAAAUGAAGAUUAUUUGAUAUCAAAGCAACAGUCGCCUACAGGACCCAUAGUAAGAAUUAUACCUAGAGAACAAUAUUUCGAUAUUCUGAACCAAGUCCACGAGUCCUGCGGUCACGGGGGACGCGAUAAAAUGUUGUUUGAUAUAAAAAACAAAUAUUAUAUUCCAAAGAAAGCUGUAGAAAUGUUCGUAUCACUUUGCCCUGUGUGCGAAUCAAAGAGGAAUGUAUCAAAACGAGUCAUUUUGUCACGAUCUAUUGCAUCACGUGAAUUUAAUUUAAGAGGCCAAAUCGAUCUAAUAGAUUUCCAGUCAUGCCCCGAUGGUGACUACAGAUGGCUGCUAACAUAUCAUGAUUAUUCUACAAAAUUUCUCAAUCUUCGUGCACUCAAAACAACAGACCCCGUUGAAAUUGCUUCUGAAUUGGUUAAAAUAUUCUUAAUUUUCGGGGCACCCUGUAUAUUACAGUCUGACAACGGACGUGAAUUUCCUAGGAGUGUAAUCGCUGAAUUGUCAGCGAUGUGGCCUGACUGCAAAAUUGUACAUGGAAGCCCCAUUUGUCCUAAACAAGAUGGCGACACAAUCUACCAAGACGUAGAAAGAACAUUACAAGCCUGGAUGAAAGAAAAUAAUCGUACGGACUGGUCUGUUGGCUGCUACUUUGUACAGUAUAAUAAGAAUGCAGCAAUCCACAAUAUGAUUAAAAGAACCCCAUAUAAAGCAGUAUUUGGAUGUGAACCGAAAGCUGGUUUAAGUGCAUCAGACUUUCCAGCGUCAGCACUAGAAACCAUUGAAACAGAGGAACAGUUGGAAGCUCUAUCUGAGCAGCAGUCCGCUGAUGCUGCUUCUAGUGACAAUUCUAAUGACAAUGAUGACAAUCUGAAGGCCUUUAACUCACCUGAUGUCAAAGUUGAAAAUUUUGAAUCAGUCACUAAUAAUAUCAAAAUUGAGAUUGACAUAUGUGAAGAGCGGAUGUGUGAAACUUACGACAAUACACUUGAAGCAUCUAAAUAUGAUGAUGACAAGAGUGAUAGUCUCGAAAUUAAGGUUGAACCAGAUAUACAUAUUGAAAGCUAUGCACCUCAAGCACUAAAACGGCCAGCUGAGAAUACGAUAGAAACUACAAUUGUAAAGUUGCCAAAAUUAGAAAUUGGUACUGACGUCAUCAUUAAUAUUCCCAAAAGAGUAAAAAAUGUGCAAGGAAAGAUCGUAGACAUUAGUAAUGGCGUUUAUAGAAUUGGAACGAAAAUGGGUACAAUCAAAGAUUGGUUUUUAAGACAAGAUCUGCAUAUAUCGCCUAUAGCAUAUGGUAAUGUGAUAUCCGACACUCAAAUCUCUAUAAGUGAAGCUGUGGCAAACCAGAGAGUGUUUGACGGCCAGAUGUUCCCAAAGUGUGCAUGUAAGCCCAACACGAGUCAGUGCAGAAACAAUAGAUGUGCUUGUUUUAAAAACAAAGUUCGCUGUGGCACUAAGUGCCACGGUCGUUUAUCUUGUACAUUAAAUAAAAUGAGUAAUGAUUUAGAUAAUUUAUUUAAACCAAUAGUAGUUGUAACAGGAUUUGGGCCUUUUUUAAACCAUCCUAUAAAUGCUAGUUGGGAGGCGGUAAAACUGAUGAACAAAGAAGAAAUCGAGAAGAAACAUAACGUGGAACUUGUGCUGAUAGAAAUACCAGUGACGUAUGAGAAUGUGGAUGAGUUUGUGCCCGCUAUAUGGGAGACUCAUGAACCUAAAUUUAUGCUACACGUUGGAGUGUCAGGAGCAGCUGAUAAAUUAACACUAGAGACGCAAGCACACAAGAAAGGUUACCAGCGUAUGGAUUACUUCGACAAAGUUCAGCCCAUGUGCUCUGCCGAGGGCGCCAUGAGGCUGUACACCAAGUUGAAUGUGGAGAAGAUAUGUAAACAGUUCAAUGAUGGAAAUCCACCUGAGGAGAACACUGCCGCUGUGCCAUCCAAAGAUGCUGGGAGAUACAUAUGCGAAUAUACAUACUACACGUCGCUAAGUGUGGACAACACUAGAACACUCUUCGUCCACGUGCCAGACUUCCAGGUGUACUCCUCGGAGCAGACAGCGAGAGGCCUAGAACGUAUCCUCGACCUGUGCAUGGAGCAGAUAAACGACUUGGAUUUGACCAAAACAACUGAAGAUGUACAAAAUAUCGACCUAAGUGCUGAUAAAGACAAUGAAGUAUAGUUCCUUAUUACAUUUUGUUAAGUAAUUUACUAGUGUAUAUAAUCAUUAUUAUAGAUCAAAUAUUUAUAAAA